AUGCCCGAGCCUGAUGACCCCAAACCAACCGACCAGCCCAAAGAGACCGAGGAGAGUACGAAGGGCAUAGGAACCGACUCGGGAAAACCAACAGAGAGUCCUUUGUUACACAAGUCUCCAAACCCUUACAAGCCACGCAUUCCCUUUCCGGACCGACUCAGGAACGAGAAGCAGUUCCGGGAUCUUUUCAGCAUGCUCUCCAAAGUGAAUGUCAACUUGCCACUUCUUGACGUGAUUAAGAAUAUGCCAUCAUAUGGUAAGUUCUUCAAGGACUUGGUGACCAAGAAGAGGAAGUUUGAGGAUGGAGAGAAGGUGGUGGUGUAUGAGGCGGCAAGUGCCAUGCAGCACGACUUGCCCAAGAAAGAACGUGACCCCGGUGAUUUCAUUAUCCAGAUAGCCUUGGGGAACGGGAAGGUAGCUUCGGAGAUGCUUGACCUUGGAGCCGGAAUAAAUCUCAUGCCCUUCUCGAUUUUUCAGAGGCUCGGUCUUGGGGAGUUGAGACCGACCCGCAUGUGCCUCCAGUUGGCGGACCGUUCCAUACGGUAUCCGAAGGGAAUAGUCGAAGAUGUUCUCGUGAAGGUGGGCAAGCUUAUUAUUCCAGUCGAUUUCGUUGUUUUAGACGUGGGAGAUGUUCAUGAGAAUGGGAAGGAUCACACCAUCCUUCUCGGAAGACCUUUCAUGGCGACUACGAACACCCUUAUUGAUGUGAAGAAUGGGACCCUGAAUAUGACUGUUUUGGAGGAAACGGUGUCCAUUUCUGUUCGAGGAGCCAUGUCUGCCUCCUCGGUGAAUUUUGUCGAAGAAUGUGCUUUCGUUGACCUAACCGACCCAUUUGUUGAUGAGAUGGUCAUUCACGAGUUCGAGGAAGUGUCGUUGCCAGUUUUCGGGGAAGAGGUAGAACCUACAGUGGAGCUUUUUGAAGUAGGAGAUGGUCAUUCCCGAGCUGAGGCCACACUCGAGCUUAAGGAGCUGCCCAAGCACCUUAAGUAUGUCUUCUUGGAUGAUGCCCAACAGAAACCGGUGAUCAUCUUUGCUGAGCUUGACCGUGAGGAAGAAGAAGAGCUGAUUGCUAUGCUCCGGAAGAACCAGGAAGCAAUCGGGUGGAGUCUGGGAGACAUAAAAGGGAUCAGUCCAUCUACAUGCAUGCACUGGAUUAUCUUGGAAGAGGGAGCCAAGCCGUUUCGGGAUAGCCAGCGACGGCUAAACCCGAAUAUGAUGGAGGUAGUGAAGAAGGAGGUGCUGAAACUUUUCUCUGAAGGAUUGAUCUAUCCAGUGGCGAGUAGUGAGUGGGUUAGCCCUAUUCAUGUGGUGCCGAAGAAGGGAGGCAUAACCGUGAUCGAGAAUGACAAGAAGGAGUUGGUUCCCACCCGCAUCACUACUGGGUGGCGCAUGUGUAUUGAUUAUCAGCGACUGAAUGCGGUGACGAAGAAGGAUCAUUUUCCGUUGCCGUUUAUUGACCAGAUCCUUGAUCGUCUUUCGGGCCAUCAGUUAUACUGCUUUUUGGAUGGACUUUCCGGCUACUACCAAGUGGCCAUUGCACUUGAAGAUCAGCCCAAGACACGUGCCCCUUUGGCACUUUAG